GGGUUCGAGUUUAUGCUCCGACUGACUCAACUCGACCCGAUUCUGAAGCGCUUAGUUUGUUUGUGCUCCACUUUCCUCUUCCCAUUUCCCAGUUUACCAAUCUGAUCCACCCAAAGACAUCAUCUUUCUUCACUCAAAGCUUUACUGCCAGAAGCUCUGCAAAACCCAGUUCUCAAUUCAAAGGUAAAGGCUCUCCUUUAUGUCUCUCGCUCUUUGUAGACAUGCAGAACGCAUAUAUUAGCUCAAGUAUAUACUCAUUUAGAACCAAAGGCUCUGUCUUUAAUGACUACUCGUACUUGUUGAAUGAAAGAUUUGACAGAAACCCAAUUCCUCCAUCGUUAAUAUCAACGUCAACAUCAUGUUGUUGUGAUUGUUGUGCAUUUUCGACCCCUAGAGUGCCCAUAAACCCUUGUUACUUAUAUGGGUUGAGGCAGUCCUCCUUGUUUCGAUGGUCAGCUUCUAGAAGGUUGAUCUUGGGUGGCAGGGACCGGUUUUAUUACCGGGUUCAGGAAUGCGGUCCGGGUCCGGGUUGUUAUGAGCUGUCUUGCUCACUUGGUGAGAGGAGGGGUUACAAUAGAGGGGGGAGGAGAGGAAAGGGGAGAUGUGGUUGUGUGGUGGAUGUGGAGGGGGAGAGUGAGGUUUGCGAUUCGGAUGGUUUUAGUGAUGUGGAGUCUCUGCUCAGCUUGCUGAGUGAGGAAGUGGGUGAGGAGCGUUUUGGUAGGGAGAGAAAUGGGUUUAAGAGAGCAGGGCUGGAGGGUAGGAGGAGAAGUGUGGGUUCGUCUAAGAGAGUGGAAGAGGAGAGUAGGAGGAGUUUGAGUGGUAGUCGGAGAAAUGUGGGUUCGUCUAAGAGAGUAGAAGAUGAGAGUAGGAGGACUUUGAGUGGUAGUAAGAGAAAUGUGAGUUCGUCCAAGAGAGUAGAAGCUGAGAGGAGGAGUUUUGUUGGCAGAGAGAAAAGUGAGAGUUCCGUUAAGGAAAUUGAGAGUGUAUCCAAGGGAGUGCAAGUAGAUUUUGAAGAAAAUAAUAGAAGUGAGUGUAGCAGUGGGGAGAAGAAAAGUAACGGUAGGUACUCAUCUUCGGAGAGUAAUUCAAAGCACCGAUUGGAAUCAACUAGAGUCGAGUUAAGUGAAAAAGAUUCUAGACAGAAAGAAGAGACGGGACUGCUUUUAAGAGCUGAAAAUCAUAGGGGAAGGAAAGAGGGUUCCAGUGGUUCAUCUUAUUACUCCUUGUCUUCAGGGGAUUUUGGAAGUGAGGCAGAUGUCCAUGAUAAGCAUGGCCUUUUGGAGGAACCAGGUUCAAGUGUGCAUAAGGAUUCCCAUUAUGAUAGAGGUAGAUUUGAUGGGCGAAUCAGUGAAGAGUACAGGAACCGUAGAGAUGAUGCCGAGGCCAGUAGUGAAAUAUUGAAGCAGAGAAAUACUGCAGUUGAGGGGGGUGGCAUGUGGGAUUGGAGGAAGAAGUCAGAAAAGAAGCUUACAGAAGUAGUGAUUGAAGAAACACAAGCAUCAAGGAAAUCCUCAGAAAAGCAUUCAAGAGUAUUGAAGACCAAUGAAAGUGAGUUAGCAAAGGCCUCUGGGUCACACAAGCAGUUUAAUGAUGGGAGGGAGAAUUCGUAUUUGACUUGGGGAACAAAAGAACAAUAUAGGCAAACAGGGAACCGAGAUAUUGUUGAGACUGAAUCUAGAAGAAAAUUUCAAGAAGGCAAAGAGAAAUUAGAAGUCCAUAGAACUGAUGCUGAAACAUCAUUGCGGUCCCAAAAGAGACUUAGUGACAGGGAACAAAACCUAGCUAUGGCUACAAACUUAGUACAGGAGACAAGAGAUGAGCAUGACAAGACGACUGGCCAUAUCACUCAAAGGGAAGAUUUGAAUAUUGACAUCCAAAAGCUCUCAAGAGUUUCACAAGUUCAAGUUGUUGAUACCGAAAGGACCUCCAAUUGGCGGCGGCAGUCUGAUACAAGGACUAACCAGGAAGAAAACACAAAUAUGGGCCUGAUUUCAGUUGAGGGGACAGAAGAGCAAUGCCACCAAAUAAGCCAUCAAUUAGAUCAAAAAGUUAUUCAGAGAGUUCAAUCCAGAAAAGGAACCAAUGAUGCUGCCGAAAUGUCGUAUGUUCAUGCAAGUGGUACAGCAAGAAAUACCAAUUCCCAAAGAACCUUUGAUAGGAGAACUACCAAUCAAGGAAGCAUUACAGUAUUGGCUGCAACAUCAGUUGAGGAAACAGUACAGAGAAAUAAUCAAACUGAUGAAAAGCUCAUGCAAGUUAAAUCAAGAAAAGAGGCCCAAAGUUCAACAGAAGUAUCAACUUUUCCGGAAAAAUUCUCGGGAGAACCUUCUAGUUUCCAAGCAUCUUUGAGUAUGGUUUCCCAAGCUAGAAUGCAACGGGAGGAUGUUGAGGGGCAUAAGAGAAGUCCACAGGCACCACUGUUGCCUCCGCCUCCUCAAUUGAUUGCCAGAGGAUCGGCACGCAUUGAGUUGUCGAGUGAGACUGCAACUCAGGAGGUUUCUGGAGAAACUUCAGAGAGUAAUUCAGCUCUGAACUAUCAGUCUUGUGGGGGAAACAGUAACACUGAGACUCCAGCAGAGAUUUUAUACCUCGAUAAUCCUGAAGAUGCUUUGGGUUCAGCUCAUCGGUUGGAGGAAUCAUCUUCACAGUUUAUUGGGGAGUUCUUUGAGAAAAUUAGAUAUGGAGUCUCAACUUCUGAAAACCAGACUGCCCAGAGAGUUUCUGGAGCAACUUUGGUGUAUGGAGGUGAGAAGUAUGGGCAAAAGACUUUGACUUCGUCAUCCAGCGGAAAUGGAACUGAUGAGACUCAAGGGGAGAAUUCCUACCUCAUUAAUCCUGAAGAUGCUUUGGGUUCAGCUCAGCGUUUGGAGAAGUCAUCUUCACAGUUUGUUGGGGAGUUCUCUGAGAAGGCAAGGCAUGGAGCCUCAACUUCUGAAGAAUAUGGGGCGGAGAUUUCUGAAGCAAAAUGGGUGCCUGGAGGUGAGAAGCAUGGUCAAAUAACUUCAAGUCAAUAUGGGUCUGAAGACUCUCAGCUGAAGGGGAACCAGUCAAGGCGUUCAUCUGGAGGUUCUGGAACCAAAGGGCCUUCAGUUGAAAUGUGGGAUAUGACCGACACAUCCACUCUUAAAAGCCCUGAGGAAGAAAAACCAGAGGCUACUACAACUAGUGAAAAAUCAGAGGCUACUACAGCAAGUGAAAAAUUAGAGGCUACUACUACAAGUGGGAAUGCCGUUGCCAAGAAAACCGGCAGGUCCAUAUGGAAUGUUGUUGCAGAUAUGGUUAAGCUGAGGUGGAUUUCUCAUGCUGAGACCCAUCAUUCUGGUGCAAGGUCAGGUGAAAGGAUUUCAUCAACUGAAUCUGGAAGUAGUGAGGCCUGGUUUUCUGGCCGUGAGACUGAGGAGAACAGCGAAAAGAAUGUGAAACGGGAGAAAGGCAUGCAACCAGAGACCACCUCUGAUCAGCUACAACCAGCGAAAUCGUUUUCUCAAAGUGAAAAAGUGUCUGGCCCUGUGAAAUCAAUGGACAAAGUAAGAUAUCUUGAAACAAGUAUGACAUCUUCUCCAAAUAAAGAGGAAAGUAGGUCGACGUCAAAAUCUGUUUCCUUGUCUUCUGGUGAGGAGACUUUGAGUCCGAAAGAUAAUCAAAAGAAUUUCCGAGGUUCUUCUUCUGGCAUUCAGAUUGUUGAAUCGUCACAAUCACAAAUUGCUAGUGGCAUAAAGUCUCCUGUUGUGGAAGAAAUUUCAAAUGCUGGUUACGCUGUCUCUGGAAGUGUUUCAAAAGAUAACCAAAAGAAUUUUCGAGGUUCUUCUUCUGGCAUUCAAAUAGUUGAAUCAUCACAAUCACAAAUUGCUAGUGACAUAAAGUCUCCUGUUGUGGAAGAAAUUUCAGACGCUGGUUACACUGUUUCUGGAAGUGGUUCAGAGGAGAACAGGGACCAAUUUGGUUGUCAGAAGUUUGAUGAAGAGUCAGACAAUGUGCAAAAGGGUGCAGAAUUGAAACAAAGGAAGCUUCAAAGGAAUAAGCAAGUCCUGAAAGACAGAUUUGAUGAAUGGGAAGAAGCUCAGAAUCUUGAAAUUGAACAGAGAAAAACGGAUGAAUUUUUUAUGAGAGAAGCACUGCUUGAAGCGAAGAAGGCUGCUGAUACUUGGGAGGUUCCUGUUGGUGCUGUACUGGUGCAACAGGGGAAGGUUAUUGCACGUGGAUUUAACCUAGUGGAAGAAUUACGAGAUUCAACAGCCCAUGCUGAAAUGAUAUGCAUACGGGAGGCUUCAAACGUUCUUCGGACUUGGAGGCUUGCGGAGUCUACACUUUAUGUAACACUUGAACCCUGCCCUAUGUGUGCUGGAGCAAUUCUUCAAGCAAGAGUCGACACUGUUGUAUGGGGAGCUCCUAAUAAGCUUCUUGGAGCUGAUGGGAGCUGGAUAAGACUUUUUCGCGAUGGGGGCCAAGGAAGUGAGUCGGAACAGUCAGAAAAGCCAGCUGCGCCAGUCCACCCAUUCCACCCGAACAUAACCAUCCGACGAGGUGUGUUGGCAUCUGAGUGCGCAGAUAUAAUGCAGCAAUUCUUCCAGCUGAGAAGAAAAAAGAAGGAAAAGAGGCAAGCAGGCCCACCAGCACCGCCCUCGACUCGUGCUGUUUCUCACCACCCACGGAAGUUACUUACGAAGCUGCAUGACAUCUUCCACAUAAUGUUCUGUUUAUGAGGGAUGGUACAAAUUACAAAACCCUGAAUUCCUUGUGCACAUCUGUGUUAAAAUUUUGCUCCCGUGGAAAAUUUUUGUUCCCGCAAACGUUUCAAUGUUGUGUCAAUGUACAUGUUAUCAGCAUUAACAAAUUA